AUGCCACCACAUCACCACACUCUACCGGUACCUGCUAUUCCACCAACAUCCAAGAAAUCCGCGCCACAUGGUCCUGCAAUCAUUCGUAUUCGGCCCUCACAGCCACCACGAGUACUAGGCAGAAGCCAACACUUCGAUACAACACGCAACACUGCUGUCGAUUGCGGCCCCAUUGCUGUGCCGUUGUUGGCGGGCGGCCUUACCCCAGGUAUGAGUUGGCUUCAGGCAUCUGGGAGAGAGUAUUCGCCGACUUGGAGAAAUCCUGCCGUUCCGCGUUCUCCUAGCAAGUUACAAGGCGGUCCUGUUGCUUUGAAUGCCACACUCGUGGAUUCCGAUUCCUUUGAUUCAAAUAAACUACAUGCUGUUCAUUCUCACGUCACUGAGAAGAUGCCAUUGUGGUUGCAAAGUCUACUCACGACAUGGUCAGUUGGGUACUACCGCUCCCGUUCUCCACAGGCGUUCAGGAUGGAUGAUGCGCCCUCCACCCAUCCAUCACGAUGCGCGUUCCCCUGCAUAGAGUCUGUGGAAACAUGA